GAGUCACAGCAGGAGGAGCGCGACAUUUAAACCUGAGACCGGCCGCGACUGACGACGGGAGCUGCUCGUGUAGGACCGGAGCACAGACACGGCAAUGUCUAUACAGGUAAAAGAGCCGAAAGAUUCUCAAACCGUUCUGGAUGAGAAAUCAGCUACUCAAUUUAUCAAACAACUCACGGAGCAAAAAAGCACAGGGAAAGAAAAUGAGCUUGAUAACCAUUCUACUAAAGUGAAACAAAAAGCAAAGUUGUCCAUGUACCCUUCUCCUGGGAAUAUCUUGCACACUGGGCGGCAACUACAUCGAACCCCAGGCCCAGGGGUAUUACCUCUGUUGCCCUCUCAAGUCUUUGAGCCAAAUGUAGCUGGAAAUAUUUCAUUUGAGAACUUGUACAGGACACUAACUCAGAAUGCCUAUAAGGACACUGAUAAUAGGGUUCCUUCGGGCAAGCAGCUUGACCGUACGGUUGUGUUCUCAAAUGAUCAUGAAGCAACAUCCAACUGUAUUGGACAAAAAAUGACUCCAAUGACCUGUGAUCGUUCUGUGAACAAAACAAAAACCAAGGCAGUCCAAGACAUCGAUAGGCCAAGAGAGGUCACAAGACGGGAUUCUGAGCUAUGUGCGAAGGAGCAAGGGUGUAUGAAGUCUGAGGUUAAGAACCAUAUGAAUGAAGGAUGUACAACUGAAGGAGUCAGAGGUUUCAGAAAAUCAGUACAUUUUAACCGAAGAAUAAGCGAAUUGCCUGUUAAGGGUUUAAACCCGCUACGUGUUUCUGGUGUACUGAGGAAUUUGCCAGGCUAUGAAUGCCGAAAAGAAGACCUAGAGUUUCUUAAACACAUGGAAAACAUGGAAAGGACAAAACUGUUGAAGGAUGAAUUGCUGUCCCUGAGAAAAGAACGGAUUACUUCAAAUCGAGAAAAGGAAUUAGCCGUUGCUAGAAAGGAAAAAAUUGAAAAUGAUAUUCAGGGAAUGAGACAUUCCUAUGAGUGCACUGUGCAGCUUGGAAGAGCGUUCUUGUGUAGGACCCAGAACCCCUCUUCUGUGAGUUCAUUAUCUGAUAAUGAUGUCCUGAAGAGGUUAAACCCAGUGUCCAUUCGGCAUGUGCUGGAGGAUGAACGAAACCAGCUAUUCAAUGCUCAGGAAGAACUGACCAGGAGGAAACUAGAGGCUCCCAACCCUGCAAAUCAUGUACAGGAGGAUAUGAGUGUAAGGGUUGAAUCUUGUAACCAGCGUGUGAAGGAGGCUGAACACAGAGUACAGCAGUUGCAGGAAGAAGUAAUUGUUCUCCAGCAGCAAGUAGAAACUACACAGAAAGAGGUUGCAGAGGAACAUUUGCAAAAGAAAAGUGAACAAAUUCAAAGCUGCAUGAAACACACUUACGACUCGGAGGGAAACCACAGUCUGACAGAAGCUGAGCAAGAGCGAAUGGACCGCCGACUUCAGCGAGUUGUACGCCGAAAAUACCUUUACUUAGAAAGGGAAAGACUAUUACAGAGGAUAAAAGAGAACUUGUAAUGGGGAUGUUUAAUUCUGAAUUCAUCAUGUUAAAAUAUCUGGUUAUAAAGUUUCAUGUUAAUAUUUUAUAAUGCUAAUCUAUUAAAUGUGUUCGGUCAUGUACAACAAAGCACAUGCUAGUUGA